AUGGGUUCGCUGAGCAAGCCGCGUGAUGAACGCGGCCAGUUUGCCUCCCCCAACGCCGUUCCGGAAGGACAUUACACGGCGCCGACCGGUCUCCUCACGGCGAAGGACUACCUCAAUGCCUCCACCUCAGACCCUGCGCCGUUCGACUUCUGCCCUGUGUUCGGCCCCGGUGAUGCGAUCGCGCAGAGGCGAGGGCAGAUUGCGCUGCUCAAGUCGCGCGUGCACACUGGCACCGGUGCGCGACUCCAGCGGGUCAUUCAGAAGGCUAUGUCGGGUCACCCGGUGACUAUCAGCGUGCUUGGCGGCUCUAUCUCGGCCUGUCACGGCGCUGGUGAUGACCCGCUUUCGCCUCGCUGCUGGCCCAGCAAGUUCUUCGAGUGGUGGAACUCGGUCUUCCCCCACCCCCUCAGCGAGCUUACGAAUGGCGCCGCUCGUAGAACCGACUCGGCGUACUUUGCGUACUGCUCCAACCACCACCUACCGGAUGAGACCGACAUUGUCAUUCUCGAGUUUGAUGCUUCGGACCCCUAG